CAUCCAUCCUCCUCCAGACGAACACCCCAGUAACGAGCAAAAAGAGGGAAGGUGGCCCGCAAUUCUAGCACCAAACUCCCCAGUCGCUGCGAAAGGAAGACGACGGGACCUGUUGCCUCGUUUUCCUUUUUCCCUCCAGCCCAUCCAUCCAUCAACUGACUCCUUCCAUACCCACACCACCCACCACGCACAGCCGGUCUUGUUUCUCUUAUUCCCUCCUUCCCACUUUUUGUCUUUGAACCUGAACCUUUUACCAUACACCGACCCUUUUUCUUAUUCACAGACAAGAGCUGAGAGACAACACAAAAAGAGAGAGUCGAGAGAUACGAGGAGUUGUUUGCGCUUUCUUGGGGGGCCGACGCUUAUUUGGAUUUCGCCUUUUUCUUCUCUUUGAACGUCCGUCUCGGUUUGCAUUCUUUGAUCAACACGCAUAAUGUGCUACUGACCUUUGAGCGCGCCUCCGACCCGCCGAGACUCGUUCCGUCUCAGCCCUCUUCCUUCCUCCUCUUACCUAUUUUACACGACACUUUCGCACCGCGACAGUCUGCCUACUGUUUAAUCACCGCCACAAACGACAAUCCAAACGACAGCCCUAGGCGAUCGCGCUUCUCUUCGUUCAUUCUUUUCAUUUCCUUUGCCGCCGCGCUGCGACAAGGAAAGCGGAAUCGACAUACUACGGAACCUUACUUUGGCGAGACACUGUCGAUUUCCUAAGAUCAGCUCGGCCUGGUCGAUGCGAAAGGGUGGCCACAGGAUCCAGCUGCGCUGUCCCUAUCCGACGACCACCCAUUUCUAAACUUUCACUCCAUACUUGUUUUUUUUACCCCUACAACCGCUACUACAGAAUAUAAUAACGACUUGCAUCUCGCAAGUCGACACUCGACCAAGACGGAGGAUCCUAUACGGUUCGGCUCAACUCCGCGGAGGAGACCGGCACAGCCUUUGGCUGGAAAAUUGUCUAGCAAGAGGAGGCGCUUGGAAACGGCUGAAGAAGAGCGGUGCGUCGCCAGAUCGAAUAUGCCUUCUGCUGCAUCUCGGCGAUUGUAUGAGGAUCAAAUACCUUCGUUUAUGUCAGUUUUCGACCUCGACUCGGAACUCAUGAGUGACCAUAACACAAUAACGGUUGUCGACGCCAAGAUGAUGGAUAUGGAUGCUACACAGCCAAAGAUCUCCAGUCAACAAAAGCAGCAACCAUUACAUCCAGCAGCUCUCCCUUCAGACCCACAACAUAAACACCAUGACAGCACCUCGACGCAAAUGACCGAGUCCAGCGACUCAUCUCCAACAACAACAGCUUCUUGCACCGACUCUUCAUCAUUGUCGGACCAGUCACCAUCUUCAUCCCCCGAUUCACCUGUCAACUUAAUACCUCUGUCUUCUUUCGCAGGGCCAACAUUCGGUGGCCUCUCAUCCAUGGCUACCUUGAACGUUUCGGAGCCGACCACCCUGGUACGGCCCAUGACAUCGCCUGGGCCUAGGCGACCACGCAACAUGAAGGGACUCUCGAUACAACCUCCAUUUGCCUCCAAUUCACUGGCCUCUACACUUGCUUCUGAGCCAUCCUCCCCGUCAUUCAUCAAGCCAACAAUCCCUGCUAUGAAGCGCAAGCCAAGCAACCUGAGCUUGAAGACCGGAUCUCACGAUCUCGUCAAGCCAACUCUGAUGGAAAUUCCAGCAUCCCCAACUCUCGCAAUGCCACCGAUGCUCCAGAGGCGUGCCUUGAAGCACUCGACAUCUUCGCCGCAUAUGCUCCAAGGACUGAAGUCGUCAACGUUUGGACCUGCAGGAGGCAUGACCAUCCCGACAGUACUGGAGCGAAACGAGUCUGGCCUCUCUGAAUUUCUACGACCAUCAAAGCCAAACUCGCCACCCGCGGGCGCUACUGAAGUUAUCCCUGAGGAGGGAUCCCCGAUCAGGGCGCAGGUUGCGAACAGGGCAGCUUUCGACAUCGAGCCCUUCCGUGAGAUCGAAAACAACGAGGACCAGAAAUCCCCCGGCUACCCAGAAGGACCAAUCGCAAUCUACGAGGAUAAUGUGUUUUUGUACUCGGAGCCCAACGCGGAGGAAGCAUCCAGGUUCGACGUUGUCAUUAAUGUCGCCAGAGAGGUGCAGAACCCUUUUGAGGUAGCGGCGAGGAAAGCCAGGGAAAGCGAAAGGUCAAAAGACAUGUCUCCGAUCCCGGACACUGCCUGCAGCUUUGCCACCGCCUUCGAGUACUUCCCAGCUCAAGAAGACUCGGCAACACCUACUACACCAAAGGCUGCGGCCCAUCCCUUGAAGGAGCCAGAGUACAUCCACAUGCUUUGGGAUCACAACACCGACAUCGCCCCUGAUCUGAUGGGACUUUGCGAGAUAAUUGACCGCAAGACCAAGGAAGGCAAGAAGGUCUUGAUUCACUGUCAACAAGGCGCGAGCAGAUCUGCCAGUUUGAUCAUUGCUUACGGCAUGUACCAGAGACCAGAGCUCAACGUCAACGAUGCUUACCACGCAGCCCAAGCCAGGAGUCGUUGGAUCAGCCCGAACAUGCGCCUCAUGUACUGCUUGCAAGACUUCCAAAAGGAAAACGCCAAAAAGCGCCUUACUCCAGGUUCAGCGUUCAGGCCACGUACCGGAAAGAGCCCCACCAAGCACCGCGUGGCUCUUUCUGUCGAUGCCAUCGACUUGCCCGUUCAGAAGGAGCCCCUGACGGCACCGCUUCCUGGAGAUGAUGGUGCUACAGACAGUCCCGAACGAAGUCCUCUGAGGCCGCGUGGCAACUCGACUCCCAACUGCACCGACCCUGUUUCUGCAGGGCCCUCUUCCGCGCCGUCAAGCUUCUCGUGGUCGGAAAAGGAGGACGAGAAAGACCUUGGCAAAUUCGGCCGCUUCAACGUGGAAGGCAUCUUCAGGCCGGCUCAACCCGACUCGGGAUUUGUUUCGUCGAGCUCUUUAGGUUCUUCGGCGAUGCUGAGGCCCCCACCAUCGCCCGGGUUCCCCAAGCCUCCCUUGUCGCCCGGGUUCGCACCCCCAUCAUUCUCGAAGCCGCCACCAUCUCCAGGGUUUGCCCCCAUGAACUUCUCAAGACCGCCACCAUCCCCGGGCUUUGCUCCUCUAAGGUUGUCAAAGACGCCCCCACCAGCUCCUCUCGGUGGCCUGGCGCCCAUUACUCUAUCAAGGCCGCCACUCUCGCCCGGUUUCGCACCUCCAGCUUUCGGGAAGCCUCCACCAUCUCCUGGUUUCGGAGCCCACCGUUUUGAGAAGAGGAACAACGGUGCGGGCUUUGGAGGAUUCGGUGGGUUCGUCCCAAUGCACCUGCCUGAAGAGCCGUCACCAGUCGAGGAGGAGCACCAGCAGGCAUCCCCUGAGCGGCAUGUUCCGAUAUUACCGGCGGCAACUUUUGAGGAUGACGAUGCGCUCAUGUCACCGAGGGUGGAGACCAUGACGAACAACCCGUUACAUGACCCAUUUGGGUCCGACUUCGCCGGCCUGCGCUUGGUGGAGCAACCGCCAACGCCAAACGACGGGUUAUUUUCACCUCGAGCGACGGUGUUUCCCAGAGACCCGUUUCGUCCGUUCGCUCGUCCAACCCAGGUCGCAGAUCCCCGGAGUCCCCCAACGAAGGGCGAAACGCCUAUUGUGAGAUCAAUCGACGAGUUGAUUUGAGCAGGUCCAGCCAUGGACAUUGCCGUGUAUACACAUGCACACUUGAGCCGAACCUAAGGGACUGCUCAUGGGUCAACCGUUUGUUUACCUCAGAAAUAAAAAUAUACUACUAUCAUCCGACCCACCCCAAGCUCCAUCAUGAUUUUCUUUGUACGGGCACUCCAAGCUCUGUCUCAUAUGUCAGAUAUUUUCAAUUCUUGAAACGCAGCACAGCGGACGGCGAAAUGGUGGCAAGCACUGCGUAGCUUAUUCUUUUUUUUCUAUGUUUCUGAUCUCAGGGCCUCCGAUUUAGGCAGGGCUCGAUCGCUAUUCCUUUUGUUUUUGUUUUUUUUUCACAUGGGGAAGAAAAAUCUGGCUGACGCUUUCUCUCUAUCGCAAUGUAUAAUCUCUUGAUUUCAGGGUUGGUGGGGAGGCUAUUAUUGUCCUAACGAAGCAUCUCGGAGUUUUUGAACUCAUUUGCAUCAUACAUGGCGCUGCUGAGGUUGUUUAGGUGGCACACAUGCCCUAGCCGCAGAUGACAUACGGUACAUCCUUUGCUGCUUUGCAACAAUUACAAAAAAAAAGAGACUUUCAUAUUAAGUCUUGCCAGGGUAUUAUUGACAAAGGUGUCAAGGAAGAGGAGGAUGUUGAUAGGGGGGAAGGAAGUAUAAUAGUUUCUAGGAUAGGGUAUGCUCAAUAGGAAAACCAACUCCUAGGACAUGACUGCAACAGACAUGCAAAGUCUGCUACAUAUGGUGACACC